GUCCUUUAACCUUGUCUUGAAUCUGUUGUAUGUUUUCUUUUCCCACCGUGUUUUAACAGUGUCGACAUAGAUGCACUCAAAAUUGGGCUAGACAUAAUAACAUUCGUACUAACCAGGGACAUGGAAUGCAGUAUUCGUUUGACGAGUACACAAAUAUUUUGUGACAGUGGAAUACAUAUUGUAUGCUUCGCGUCGAUUUUAAGCCUGUAAGUGUUUUACGUUAUUGAAAUUUGCAAGAGAUCAUGAUGGCCACAGAUUCUUCGAUCAAAAAAGAUGGUCUUUGCUCAUUGACCGCGCAGAAAUUAUCAGAAGAGCAGGGCUUUACCGGCAGACCACCAGCUCGCAACCAUCCUGGCUACUCAGCAGAGGAAUACUGUCAAACAGAACCGAUGGAACCUCAUAUGAUCAAAGUGCCCUAUCCAGAUGAUCAGAAUAUGAAAAGACUGGCACACGACAUGAAAUUUGUUCAAAAAAGAGGGAUUGAACUGAAAAAUAACGAGCUUGGUAAAGUUUGGACAAAUAUGCAACAUAAAAAGGCACAUGCCGAAGACGAUAAGAAAAAUAUGGAUCUAGAUUUGGCGACUAAAUUAAAAGAAAGAUCACAAAAAGUAGAUGAGGAUAAAGAAGCAAGUAAUCUACCACCAACACAACCAGAAUUUGCACAAGUCCAACUAAGAAAGACGGGUUCAAGAGAAUUACUGAAUAUCGAAUGAAGGCAAACUAAUGUUUGUGCAUGUGUUUGAGCAUACACAAAAUAUGUUUAUGCCCACACAGUCGUUGAGUUCCAAUUGUAAAGAAUAUAUAUGUCACAAGCAACUGCAUGUUUACUG